AGCAUACACAUGACGCUCUUGGAGUGGAGCUGCAGAAUACUCUGUGUUAUGCCAAAAGGGAGUCCGUCUUGGUAACUAUGAGUCCAUUGGUGAAUUUGAAUGUGAGGACAAAAUGGUCUGCUGAAGAAAUACUUUUUAUGCACAUUUUACAACAGUAGAACUUGUAUGGUGAGAAAAAGGUGCACAUCAAGCUGGAUCCUACAGUUUUACAGCAAGUGUUGGCGUUUUAACUACCAGGCUGUAGGGACGUCUUUUCCAAUGCUUACAAGGAACUGCUUAUCGCUGCUUCUUUGGUUCCUUUUUGAUGGAGGUCUUUUAACACCACUGCAUUCCCAGCAGCCGCCACAAACUUCAGCAUCCAAGCAAAAGGAAAAUGUUAUCAUCACAAUGUCGGGAAGGAGAUCAGCAGCACAAAGAGUUAAACGUGGUUGGGUAUGGAAUCAGUUCUUUGUGCUUGAAGAAUACAUGGGAUCUGAACCACAAUAUGUGGGAAAGCUUCACUCUGAUGUGGACAAGGGCGUUGGAUCAGUGAAAUAUACCCUCUUAGGUGAUGGAGCUGGUACAAUUUUCACAAUUGAUGAUACUACAGGUGAUAUCCAUGCUAUUAGAAGUCUGGACAGAGAAGAAAAACCAUUCUAUACAUUACGUGCUCAAGCUGUGGAUAUAGUUACUGGAAAACCAGUGGAGCCAGAAUCUGAAUUCAUUAUCAAAGUUCAGGACAUUAACGAUAAUGAACCAAAGUUUUUGGAUGGCCCUUAUGUUGCCAGUGUUCCCGAAAUGUCUCCGGUUGGUGCCUAUGUACUUCAGGUUAAAGCAACUGAUGCAGAUGAUCCCACAUAUGGAAGCAGUGCCAGAGUGGUUUAUAGCAUUCUUCAGGGACAACCAUAUUUUUCUAUUGAUCCUAAGACAGGUGUGAUCAGGACAGCUUUACCAAACAUGGACCGAGAAGUCAAGGAACAAUACCAAGUACUUAUCCAAGCCAAGGACAUGGGAGGGCAACUAGGUGGUUUGGCAGGCACUACCACUGUCAAUAUAACACUUACUGAUGUCAAUGAUAAUCCACCUAGGUUUCCCAAAAGUAUAUUUCAUUUAAAAGUACCAGAGAAUUCACAAGUUAGGUCACCAAUUGGAAGAAUACGGGCAGUGGACCCUGAUUUUGGAAUAAAUGCAGAAAUUGAGUACAAUAUUGUUCCUGGAGAUGGUGGGAAUCUUUUUGAUAUCAUAACAGAUAAUGAUACACAGGAAGGGAUUUUAAUCCUAAAAAAGAUUGCAAACCAGUCCAUGUAG